CCGGUUGGCGAGGCCCAUCCAUACACGGUAGACUAGGGUGGUAGUGGUGAUACACCAUCGCUACCCUUGGUCAUCUUGGUGUCCGCCUGGUCGUCUCGUCCAAGUGAUGGUGGAUCUCCCAUCGGGCACAUCAGGAGACGGUACGUCGGUGUGAGGUGCCUAUCUUUUGGAUUUGACGGUGCGUUGACGAAAUGAAGUUGGUAGGGGAGCUACAAUGGGGAGCUGACGAAUGGCUAAGAACCUUGGAGAAAGGUUGCAGGCGGUUACAAGUGAUGGUGUGGGAGUUGUCUUCGUGGUCAAAUGAGGAGCCGAAGGUAAAAAGGGGAGCGAUUUCUCUGGCUGAUUGGUUGAAAGAUGUAACCGGCGACAUGCUGAAUAUUAUCUUGAUGCUGGAGAAGGGGCCCAAUCCCCAACUUGAAGCCUGCAUCGAUUGGAGGAAGGUUGAUGGCAUGAUGUCCGCUUGCUAUGCCCUCUUCACUGAGGGUCGCAACCUGUGCUAUAUGCUUGAGGAGCGGCUGAAGGGCGAUAACGAUAUGGAGGAUGAGGUCUGCCAGGAGNGCUAUGCCCUCUUCACUGAGGGUCGCAACCUGUGCUAUAUGCUUGAGGAGCGGCUGAAGGGCGAUAACGAUAUGGAGGAUGAGGUCUGCCAGGAGGAUGAAGCGAACGAAAAUAAUGAAAACCCCAACGUCAGCAUCAACAACAACAAUAACAACGGCAACAACAACAACAACAACAACUGUUACAACAACAACAGCAAGAAUAACAACAACAAUAGCAACGUCAACAACAACAUCAACAACAACGUCAACAACAACGGCCACAACAACGGCCACAACGACAACGACAGUGUCGACAACAACAACUACAAUGAUGACAUCAACAACAACGUCGUCAUCAAUAGCUUUAACGAAGAUAACGCGGUUGUGGUUGAUGGUAAAUGCAUCAAUAACAACAGCAACAGCAACAAUAACAGCAACAACAACAACAACAACAACAACAACAAAGACAUCAACAACGAGACUGGCAGUAGUGACCGUGCACUCAUUUUCACCAUCAGUAUAGUGAGUGAGAUGCCGGGUUCUGACGUGGAUAGUGGGAAGGGGAUUAGGGCUGAAACAAAGUGGGGUUCUAUCCUCCCCCCUUUCAAUCUCGAUAUGGAAUUGUUUAUUGAUGUCCAGUUCAGGGCGGGGUUAGGAUAGUUGAAGGGGAUUUAAAAUUGCUCGGCACGCAACUUCAAUUGAGAAGGGCGAUCUUCCUCUGCUCGGCAUCAUAACGGAAAUAUGAUUGGUUAGGGUUUCCCCCUCGGAUCUCAUAAUUUGAUUGAUCAACAUAAGAUAGUCACGUUUUGGUGAUGCCCCCAAGGGGAGGCGGGUAGUUUAGGGUUUCACGUUUUGCUUUGACCUCCUUGUUGGGGGAUCGAUGAACAUGUGUUUUGUUAGGAUAACGCUUCAUGGGCUGUAGGUCAAUCCUUCCCUUACGCAAGGAAGUAAUCAAUGCCUCAGCUCUUU